AUGCCAGAAAACACCAUGAACAACCACCUCAACAAAAUAAAUCGUUGCAGUAUCAUCAACACUAGAAACUGGGCGGAUCUUCCCAAAGAAUUGCUAGAAAAAAUUGGAAAUUAUCUCAAUUUUCGAAUCGAUGUUUUACGAUACAGAGCUGUUUGUUCUUCAUGGAGGUCCGCCAUUUUUCUCUCUCCUCCUUCAUCUACUGGUAUUCAUGCAUUCAUCAAUACUGUUACAAUCUUCCGUCUUGAACACAAUCACCAUAAUUGUUUGGUUAAGCUCGUCGAAACAGCCGAGGGUAAGUUCGGGGGAUUGAACCCUUUAACUAUUCCUAAAAAAGAUUGGAUUUUGGGUAAGAGUCUGAAUUUAUGGGAUUGUCGGUUAAUUGAAUUGGGGAAAGUUUUGCAUUUCGGUUCGAGUAUUGAAUAUGGUGAAUUGAAUGUGAAGAAAGCUGUUGUGCUUCGUGAUUGUGGGAUUCUUGCUAUAUAUGAUGAUGUGAAAUUAGGGUUUAGGGGUUUUGGGGAUGAAUAUUGGACCAAUUUGUGUCUUAGUCCUUAUUUUAUGUUUUUGGAUAUAUCAGUAUGUCAGGGUGAAUAUUAUGUGUUGGACACUUAUGGGAAUGUGCAUUGUAUUGAUAAGUUUAUGAAUGUUGUUAAGCAUUUGCCCGGAUUGAAAUCUUUGGGGCAGGUGCAGAACUUAGUUGAAUCAGAAGGGCAGUUGUAUGUGGUUGAUGCUUACAGUCGUAGAUCGAUUGACUUCGAGGAAUCGGGGCUGAUUGAUACUGGCUUUGACAAGGUGGAUAUGAAAGUGUACAAGUUUGAUGAAAACUUGGGGAUGUGGGUUCAGGUUACUUCAUUGAAUGAUCGAGUUUUUGUUCUAGGAAAAGAUGUUUGUUUCUCUGUUUCAGUUAAUGAUUUCCCUGGAAGGGAAAUCAUUACUGAUAUCUGUAGACCCAAUCGUUCAUUUAGAAGGCGUGAUGCACGAUCACCUAGUUAUCUGCGAUAUUAUGAUGCUGAAAUCGGAUACUAUGUUCCUCGUGUCUUUAAAUUGGAAGAUCAUAGUAUGAGAGAUGUUGAAGGGUCACUUAGCUUCAAGCAAUUGUUCUCUCCACCCAAGGAGUGUUUCUACUCAACCUUAUCCUUCCCCUGA